AGACACUAUGUCGCCUUAGAGCUAUGCUUCUAUUUUUCACCACAACUUUCAGCCAAGUUACAGCUCCUUUGUUCAAAACAUGAUGCAGGAGUUACUUUGAUAUGGCUUGUGUAAUAUGAAUUGAAGGCUUCUCCGACAUCGACACGCCUCCCGCCUAUUGAGCAAUAACAACUACCAAAAGUUUUUGGAGUGGACUUGGAUGGUGGCAGUGAGAAGUCUGGCCGCUUUUAGUGAUUUGACCGUGUUCUGCUGCAGCCAUCAUGUUGCCCAUCUCAGUUUGUGUUUCAACAAUCAUCUUAGACAUUGGCAUUAGUUUGAUCCCAACCUGACCCGCUAAAGGCUGUUUCAAAUCACCAGAAUUCACGAGCCAUAUAUCUGAUUGUGUCGCCUCAACUGGGUUCAAACCAUUCCCAAACCAUCAGUGCAGACCAAUCAUAUUUGACUCUCAACGCAGUUUAGCUUUGCUUGGACAUCCUCCAGACGUUUGAAUAACUUUAUCAAAACACAGUUUCCACUAAGAAGCCUGUGCAAACCGACCUGGGAACUUCAAAUUUCCACAAAAAAGUCUUGAAUUGUGGAUAAGAUGAGUGAAUCCGAAGAAGAGGACGAGCUAUACUGCAUUUGCCGCUCCAAAGAUGUCAAAAGAUUCAUGAUUGGGUGUGACCAUUGUGAAGAUUGGUUUCACGGGGAUUGCAUCAAUGUGACGGAAAAAGAGGCCAAAUACAUAAAGAAAUUCUACUGUCCCGAAUGUCGACGGAAGAACUCUGAGCUGAAGGUUGUCUACAAAUCCAAAUAUCUGGAAAAAUAUCCUGAAAAAGAUGGCAAAUUAUCGGCCGGAAUAUCCAAAGAAUCUACAAAAUCUCAUGUAAACAAAGACAAGCACCGAGAAUUCAACAAAAGUGGCGAUGAACAGAAAAGACAUCCGCCCAAUCAUCCCCAGCAUCGCAAGAAGAGCAAAGACAAAGACCGCGAGAAAGAUCGGGAGAAAGACCGCGAGAAAGAUCGGGAGAAAGAUCGGGAAAAAGAUCGGGAAAAAGAUCGGGAAAAAGAUCGGGAGAAGGAGAGGGAGAGGGAAAAAAGAAAGGAAAAAGAGCGAGAUCGGGAAAGGCGAAAGGAAAAGGAGCGCGAGGAAAGGAAGAAGGAGAAAGAGCGGGAAAGAAGGAAAGAGGAAGAGAGAAGGGUCAAAGAGGAAGAAAAACGAGCCCUGAAAAAAGAAGAGGAACGCAAGGCUGCCAAAAAGGAAGAGGAUAAGAAACCCAUUAAACUAGAAGACGAAUCUGGACUGAAAGAAGAAAAAGCGGCCAUCAAGACCGGAGAUUCUGCCUCGCAAGUCAUUCAAGAUAGAAUCACCUCUGUGGGACAAAAGCUACACCUCCUUAAGCGAGAAGCCUCGCUCAGUGAUUAUGAGGAGCCCUCUGUUAAACACCACGACAAGGACAAGUCCUUGAAGCCGCCUCCGUCCAAAAAGGAAAGAAAAGAUGUAUUGAUGGCCAGAAAUUUGUCUGACGAGUCAGAAGAUUCCGCCUCUGAUGCGUGGGAACCUCCAGUCUUGGCGCCUAGUAGCAAGACGAAAAAGAAGGAAAAUUCCACCUCCAAAAAGAAAACCAAAGCCACGGCCAACCCCAAAGCAAGGAAGCGGAAAGGUCGUCGAGGAUGUUACGAGUCCUCGUCGGAAUGUGAGCCGGAAAGGAUUGAUACCAGACCCAAGCAAUGCCAUGAGCCCACGUGUAUUCAAACGGCACGAUAUGGAUCCAAAUAUUGCUCGGAUCGAUGUGGACUGGCCUUGGCCACACGAAGGAUCUACCAGACCCUCCCGGAUCGAAUCCGGGAAUGGAAUCUCACGCCUUGCGAAGCCGAAAAAAAUAACCGAAAAGAGCUCGAGAUUAUUCGCGCCAAACAGAACGAUGUGAAAAAUCGUAUGGAACAACUAAACAGAGAGUUCAAGAUGUUAGAGGAGGUGAUUUCCAAAGGGAAAACUCUCUCCAUUGAGGAAAAUGAUGACGACUCGGAUGAAGAGACUAACGAAACCACCGUUCAUUGCGUGACAUGUGGAGCUUUAAUCAAUGUCAACACGGCCAUGAGACACAUGGAGCGGUGUUACAACCGAAUCGAGUCCAAGACAUCGUUUGCUUCCAAGUUCAAAACCCAAAUCGAGGAUCAUCGCAUGUUUUGUGACUUCUAUAACCCCAAGGAAGACACCUAUUGCAAGCGAUUGCAGGUUCUCUGUCCGGAACAUAAUCCAGACUCGAAAGUCUCUGAGGAAGAGGUUUGUGGAUACCCUCUUCAAAAAGAGCUCUUCGGCAAACCGCAUGCGUUUUGUCUCAAACCCAAGAAGAUUUGCCAUCAACAUUUCUGUUGGGAAAAGUUACGUCGAGCCGAGAUCGAUUUAUCGAGAGUGAAAAUGUGGAUGAAAGUGGACGAGCUCUUGGAACAAGAACGGCAGGUCAAAUCGGCUAUGGCCAGCAGAGCGGGAGUGAUCGGGCUCAUGCUUCAUUCGACUUUCAAUCACGAAUUGGACGGCCGAUGGCAAGCAGCUCAAAGGGCUGCAGCUCAACAACGAAAGGUUCAAGCCACGCAAAUGAAUAAACAUAAUCAAAAGCCCGUUAGAUGAGAUUGAUGAAAAUGAAAGACAUGAAUAAACGAGAGGUGGUGGUAAUCAUUUUAGAAUUAA